GUUUAAGGAAGUCCACCAAUUUAUCUGAUCGCACUUUGUUUCUUGGUAGCAUCACAGUUAAAACACUGCAGUAAUCCAGCAUGCGACAUUAAGAACUUUACAUGGAGACAUUAUACAGUGUUCUUGGCUUUGAGUGGAUAGAUGGGAGGAGCAUUUUAAUAUUUCUCUGUGUUUUCCUGCUGUUGUCUGAUAUUUGGAAGAACAGAGUACCGAAAAACUUCCCACCUGGACCGUGGGCUCUCCCGUUUCUCGGUGACAUUCAUCGCAUCAGACCUGACAGAAUACACCUGCAGUUCAGAGAGUUUGCAAAGAAAUAUGGAGACAUUUUCACCAUCAGAAUCUUUGGUGGAAGAACCGUGGUCAUUAAUAGCUACAAGUUUGUGAAAGAAGCCCUGGUCCAGCAAGGAGACGACUUCAUAGAUCGACCUACUGUACCACUGUUUGAAGAAUUAUUUGGGAAUGAAGGUCUUGCGAUAGCAAAUGGUUAUCCAUGGAAGCAGCAGAGGAGAUUUGCUCUUCAUACCCUAAGAAAUUUUGGUCUUGGCAAGAAGACCCUGGAAUUAUACAUCCAGCAGGAGUGCCAGUAUCUCGCAGAGGCUUUCACAGAACACCAAGGAAAGCCAUUUAAUGUCCAGCUACUGAUAAAUAAUGCUGUGUCGAAUAUCAUCUGCUGUUUGGUGUUUGGAAAUCGAUUUGAGUACAAUGAUCGGCAGUACCAGUCCAUUCUUCAUAACUUCAAAGAAGUUGUGCGCUUACAGGGAAGCAUUUCAAUACAGAUGUACAACAUAAUUCCCUGGCUGAUGAAGUGGCUACCUGGACCUCAUAAGACAAUUUUCACUCUGACACAAGAGAUAAAGGACUUCAUAGAUAUCAGGAUCAAAGAACACAGAGAAACCCUUAACCCAGCGUCACCGAGAGACUAUAUUGAUGCCUUUCUUAUAGAAAUGGCAAAGAACGAGGAGAAAGAUUCAAGUUUUUCUCUCAGUACCUUACAUGCUUGCACCAUGGACCUGUUUUUUGCUGGAACUGAAACUACUGCCACUACUUUACGCUGGGGGUUGCUUUACAUGAUCUACUACCCUGAUAUACAAGAGAGAGUUCAAGCUGAGAUCGAUGCUGUGGUUGGUUCGUCCAGACAGCCCUCUGUGAGUGACCGAGAAAACAUGCCCUAUACUGAUGCUGUCAUCCAUGAGAUUCAGAGAAUGGCCAACAUCAUUCCUCUCAAUGUGCUUCGUAUGACAAGCAAUGAAACUAAAGUGGAUAAAUACACAAUCCCAAAGGGUACCAUGAUACUGGCUACCCUGGACUCAGUCCUACACGAUGAGUCAAUGUGGGAAACUCCACACUCUUUCAAUCCUCAACACUUUCUGGACAAGGAUGGUAAAUUUCGUAAGAGAGAUGCUUUCCUUCCAUUUUCUACAGGUAAGCGUGUGUGUCUUGGAGAACAGCUGGCCAGGAUGGAGUUAUUCCUGUUGUUUACUUCCCUCCUCCAAAGGUUUUCUCUUUCGCCACCUGCUGGAGAGCAGCCCAAUCUGGAGUUCCAGUUGGGAGGCAUACGCUGUCCCAAACCUUACCGCCUCUGUGCUGUACCACAACUUCAAAUGGAGACAUUAUACAGUGUUCUUGGCUUUGAGUGGAUAGAUGGAAGGAGCAUUUUAAUAUUUCUCUGUGUUUUCCUGCUGUUGUCUGAUAUUUGGAAGAACAGAGUGCCGAAAAACUUCCCACCUGGACCGUGGGCUCUCCCGUUUCUCGGUGACAUUCAUCGCAUCAGACCUGACAGAAUACACCUGCAGUUCAGAGAGUUUGCAAAGAAAUAUGGAGACAUUUUCACCAUCAGACUCUUUGGUGGAAGAACCGUGGUCAUUAAUAGCUACAAGUUUGUGAAAGAAGCCCUGGUCCAACAAGGAGACGACUUCAUAGAUCGACCCACUUGUUUCUUAUUCAAUCUAUUAUUGUGUAUUUGUGUGUUCAAAGGUCUUGUGGGUUCAAAUGGUUAUCCAUGGAAGCAGCAGAGGAGAUUUGCUCUUCAUACCCUCAGAAACUUUGGUCUGGGCAGGAAGACUCUGGAGUUAUACAUCCAGCAGGAGUGCCAGUAUCUCUCAGAGGCUUUCACAGAACACCAAGGAAAGCCCUUUAAUGUCCAGCUACUGAUAAAUAAUGCUGUGUCGAAUAUCAUCUGCUGUUUGGUGUUUGGGAGUCGAUUUGAGUACACUGAUCGGCAGUACCAGUCCAUUCUUCAUAAUUUCAAUGAAAUUUUGCGCUUACAGGGAAGCAUGUCGAUACAGAUGUACAACAUAAUUCCCUGGCUGAUGAAGCGGCUACCUGGACCUCAUAAGACAAUGUUCACUCUGACACAGGAGGUAAAGGACUUCAUAGAAAUCAGGAUCAAAGACCACAGAGAAACCCUUAACCCAGCGUCACCGAGAGACUAUAUUGAUGCCUUUCUUAUAGAAAUGGCAAAGAACGAGGGAAAAGAUUCAAGUUUUUCUCUCAGUACCUUACAUUCUUGCACCAUGGACCUGUUUUUUGCUGGAACUGAAACUACUACAACUACUUUACGUUGGGGGUUGCUUUACAUGAUCUACUACCCUGAUAUACAAGAGAGAGUUCAAGCUGAGAUUGAUGCUGUGGUCGGUUCGUCGAGACAGCCCUCUGUGAGUGACCGAGAAAACAUGCCCUAUACUGAUGCUGUCAUUCAUGAGAUUCAGAGAAUGGCCAACAUCAUUCCUCUCAAUGUGCUUCAUAUGACAAGCAAUGAAACUACAGUGGAUAAAUACACAAUCCCAAAGGGUACCAUGAUCGUGGCUACCCUGGACUCAGUCCUACAUGAUGAGUCAGUGUGGGAAACUCCACACUCUUUCAACCCUCAACACUUUCUGGACAAGGAUGGUAAAUUUCGCAAGAGAGAUGCUUUCCUUCCAUUUUCUGCAGGCAAGCGUGUGUGUCUUGGAGAACAGCUGGCCAGGAUGGAGUUGUUUUUGUUUUUCACCUCCCUCCUUCAAAGGUUUUCUCUUUCGCCACCUGCUGGAGAGCAGCCCAGUCUGGAGUUUCAGUUGGGAGCCGCACGCUGUCCCAAACCUUACCACCUCUGUGCUAGUAAAGUGACACAAAUGAGCGGAGCUAUGGAGACAUUAUACAGCGCUCUCGGCUUGGAGUGGGUUGACGGCAGGAGCGUUUUAUUUUUUUUCUGUCUUUUUCUUCUGCUGGCUCAUGUUCUGAAGAACAGAGUGCCGAAAAACUUUCCUCCCAGACCGUGGGCUCUCCCUUUUAUUGGUGAUCUUCAUCGCCUGCAACCUAACAGAUUCCAUCUGCAGUUCGAAGAGUUUUCAGAGAAAUAUGGAAACAUUUUCAGCCUUCAACUGUUUGGUCAUAGAGUUGUGAUCAUUAAUGGCUACAAGUCUGUAAAGGAAGCCCUGGUCCAACGAGGAGAAGACUUUGCAGAUCGUCCCAUAAUUCCACUGAUUGACGAUGUAUUUGGAAAUAAAGGUAUUGUAGCUUCCAGUGGUUAUCCAUGGAAGCAGCGGAGGAGGUUUACUCUUCAGACACUCAGAAACUUUGGUCUGGGCAAGACGACGUUGGCAGAAUUCAUCCAGCAGGAGUGCCAGUAUCUCACAGAGGCUUUUGCAGACCAGCAAGGGAAGCCUUUUAAUGCACAGCCAUUGCUAAACAACGCUGUGUCAAACAUCAUCUGCUGUUUGGUGUUUUCAAAUCGAUUUGAGUACAGUGAUGAGCAGCAUCAGUCUAUUCUUCAGGACUUCAAUGAGCUUUUGUACUUGGAGGUAACCAUGUGGGCACAGAUGUACAACGCAAUGCCCUGGCUGAUGAAGUGGGUGCCCGGACCUCAUCAGAAGACAUUUACUCUGAUCAAGAAUAUAAAUAAUUUCAUAGAAAACAGGAUCAAUGAACACAAAGAAGACUUUAACCCAUCAUCUCCGAGAGACUACAUUGACUCCUUUCUCAUAGAAAUGGAAAAGAACGAGGGCAAUGAUUCAAGUUUUGAUCUCAGUAGUUUGCAUGCUUGCACCCUGGACCUCUUUGGUGCUGGAACUGAAACUACUACCACUACUUUAUACUGGGGCCUUCUAUAUAUGAUCCACUAUCCUGUCAUUCAAGAAAAAGUCCAGGCUGAGAUCGAUGCUGUGAUUGGUUCAUCCAGACAGCCCUCUAUGAGUGACAGAGAAAACAUGCCUUAUACCGAUGCGGUUAUUCAUGAGAUCCAGAGAAUGGGCAACAUCCUCCCACUGAGUUUGUCACACAUGACAAACAAGGACACAAUAUUGGAUAAGUACACAAUCCCAAAGGGCACCAUGAUCCUGCCUUUAUUGCACUCUGUACUCAAUGAUGAGUCAAUGUGGGAAACUCCACAUUCCUUCAACCCUCAACACUUUUUGGAUCAGGAUGGUAACUUUAGGAAGAGAGAAGCCUUUAUGCCUUUUUCUGCAGGCAAGCGUGUGUGUCUCGGGGAGCAGCUUGCCCGAAUGGAAUUAUUCCUGUUUUUUACCUCCCUCCUUCAGAGGUUUUCAUUCUCGGCACCUGCUGGAGAGCAGCCCAGUCUGGAGUUCAGACUGGGAACCACUCGUUGUCCCAAACCUUACCGUCUCUGUGCCGCGGCACGUUAAAUCAUCAAGUAUAAGCUAAACACGUCUAUUUCUUACAGUGUACAUUUGUCUUUCAUUACAUUUUAUAAUUUCAAGCAGUUUUUGUUUCAUCAUUAUCUAUUUGUAUUAUGUUAUGAGCCAGUAUGGUGUUUAAUUAAUCCUUUAGAAAUUACAUACAUAUAUACUGAAAUUACAUAUACACUGUAUACAAACUGUAUAAAAUUCUGACAUUAUACUACACACUUUUUAAUGAUUCAUUGUUGAGUGAUAAUCUGUGUCCUCACUGUGAAGCAGUGGUUUUAAAUGUGCUGAACAAAUAAACA